GCUGUCUGCUUUGGGUCGUACAGUACAGGAGCUGCUCAGGAUUCUAAAACUACUCCAUUAAAGUCUGGGGUCGGAGAGAACAAGACAUACCCGCGAGGAGGAGAACAGACCUCAUUUGUUUGGUGAUUUUCUGACUGUGUGGGAAAAGGAUAGAGAUGAUGGAGAAUAAACUCUGGAUUGCUCUUUGUGCGCUGUUGCUGUUUAUUAAUGUGGGAUCAGCUGAUCAUGAAGAUGCCCAUGCUGCCGCCCCCACCUCAAUGAGACCUAUCGGUGCUGAUGCCACACCCAGUCCCCCAGUUACAAACCCUCUUCCAGGUUCCAGCGUCAACCAGACCACUCAUGCUUCUGCUACUACAUCUGCACUAAACGGCUCUGACACAAACCCAACCUCUAAUGGCAACGCAACUACAAAUGGAGAAACUCAGUCGAUAACAUCCCACAAUGAUACCAACACGGGUUCUGUCCCGGACAACAAGAACCUGACAAAUACUUCAACAUUACAGCCUCCAGUUCCCCAGUUUGAGGACCACACUUCCACCUCUCACGUUGCCCCUAACUCCACUACUGCCAGCCCCACACAUGCAACUCACACUGCCCCUGCAGCCGCAUCCACCAAAACACCACCCUUGAACAAUUCUACACCCUUACUUCCUGACACCAUUACAGCAUCAAGUCAGCCCACUCACCCCCAAACGCACUCACCCAUUUCUUCCCCAGCACCCAAGCUGCCAAGUACCACAUCACCCAAAACCAAACCUGUACCUGCCAAUACAACUGCCAGCACCCAGUCCACUUUAACAUCAAGCACCAGCCCCUCCCAAAAGACCCCCAAUACUCAGCCACCGACAACCAAAGCACCACAACCAAACACCACAAAGUCCAACAGUGAAGUCCACAGCAAGACUACCAUCAGUCCGCCAAUCAGCACCUCUACCCAGGCCAAAGCCCACGAUGACAACCCAUCCCAGCUCAAUGUUGGGGGCAACACGGCCCACGAGUCUCCCACAUUAGACCCCCUCCUGGCUGGCCUGGUGUCAGCCUUCAUCAUCACUGCUGUCAUCAUCACUUUACUGCUCUUCCUCAAACUGCGACGGAGAGACAACAGACCAGAGUUCCGCAGGCUGCAGGACCUACCUAUGGACGAUAUGAUGGAGGACACACCCUUGUCCAUGUACAGCUACUGAUGGAGGCAUGGCUGAACCUUUGAUGCCCAAAUACUCUCCUUUAAUCCAGGCUCAUGCCACAAUGGUCGGACCUGGUCUCUCCUCCUUAAUCUGUCCCAAACAGAGAGAAUCUUGGGUAGGUGUAAGCAAAUUUCUGGAUUGCUUUAAUUUAUCCAGGAAGAGACAUGAUGGAGUCUGUAAUGGACAAUGAAGACAUCACCCACGUCAGGGUCCCUUUGGCAAAUGGCUAUUUUGGUGUCUGUAAUUACAGAACAGUGCCUCUGUUCAUUGUUCUUAAUAUUGUUCCCAUCUUUAGGGGUUUGGGGUUGUAUUAUAUAUUUUGAUUUCCCUAGAGUUGAAAAGGGUAGAUGUAAAGCAGGAGGCAACAUCAUCAGUUGUAUCCAUCACCAGGAUGGUUCACACAUGGGCACAGAUUCAGCCUGUCCUGCUAGACUCUUACCUGAGUGCGCUAAUUUCCCUUUAUCAGUUAAUGUUGUAAAGUCUGGCAGCAAAGACCUCUUGUUGUAUGACGGAGAGGCCAGAAAAGCAAAACGAACUUAACAAAUGGCCUGUUUAUAGUGUUAAUGAGGUUGCACUUUAGUUUUUCAAAAAAUGGAAAAAAAAAAUUUUGUAUGCGAAAAUCUGAGUUUUGUGUUUGUACAUAAGUGCAGACGUAGCUGUGUGUGCGUUUGUAGGUGUAUGUGCAGGUGUGUGAGUCUGUUAAGGUGCAUGUAUGGCUUUUUUUGGAGGCAUGGCAGGGGUUAUUUAAGAGUUUGUUGUUUUUUUUCUAUGUUGAAGGUUGUGCUGUCCUUAGGGUUGAGUUUGACAUGUGCAGUGUGAUUUUUUUUUUCUUUCCUGGGGUCUUCAGUCCAGGAGAGAGUGCCUUAAACAUUUUGAUUCCUAUCAACUAAGUCAACCGGUCGUUCCCAGUACUGUGUGUGACUUUGAGCGCACACUGAGUACAAGGUAGCUGCUCUGACUUGCCUGCAUUUGAAGACUAGCCUUGAGCGUGUUCACCAUGAGGCACUCAUUCAUACCAUGACAGUUGCAGACUGAAAUUGGCCAGUGGCCUUUCCACACAAUGUUAGCAUUGUCCUGUGCAUUGUAAAUACUACUGAUGAUUGCACCACACAAAGACAACAUUAUGAAACUCUUCAUCUUAGCUGCUGCUUCAGCGUUCACCACACUCGAACAUUAUUGGAAAUGUCACAUGGACUGAACCGACAGCACCUUGUUCUCAGCAGGCAAUUUUACAGAUAUUCCAUUGAUUAUACUGCGUAUCAGCCUCGCUGUAUAUUUGCUUUGCAAGUGUGGAGAAAAUGCGAGCAUAUAUGAGCGUAUGUGAGACGCAUACAGGACAACAGAACAACCCAAAUCAAUACACGUUUCUCUUUAUUUGGAACGGAGCCCAUGUAGCGACGCAUCAAGGUGACAGCUGAUUUAAUAAAUCACCUGGAUUAAUAAAUAAAGCUUAUGAAUUGGAGCUAAUAUUUGUGUUUGAUAUUUCAUCCUCAUGCCAUGAACAGAUGAGUGACUUAUGAAAGGAAAAUCCAGUGUGGUAUGUUGAAUAUGAACCUUCAGAAGUCACUGUAAUGCUAUUAGAGAUGAACACCAUUCUUGCAAAAGAUUUUGUUGUUUUGAUGAUGGUCAAAGUCAAUGGUAUUCAAUUGAGAUGUAGUGACUGUGAAGGCCAUAUUAUACUAUUUAUAUCAUUUUUGUACUCAUAAAAGCUUUUAGUGAACCCUUGUCUCUCACUCAUCUGUACAUCCAGUUGUAAUCUAAAAUAUACACCUGAGACACUGAUGUGAUGAUCUGUGAUGUCCUGGAUUUGUCCCUUUCUUUAAGUGUCAAAAGUGUCCUGAAGCGUAUUAAGGCUUUGUUGCCAGAUGUGGAUUAUGAACCAUUGGUGUUUUAUGAUUAAAGCUAUUUUGAAAUCA